AUGACGACGUCAAUGGGUUUAUCACCUUAUCAGCUAGUCUAUGGGAAAGCAUGUCAUUUACCAGUGGAGAUGGAGCAUAAAGCUUUGUGGGCUCUUAAAUUUUUGAACUUUGAUCCUUCUGAAACUCAGCACAAGCGUAGAAGGCAGAUGCUGGAGCUUGAAGAGAUGCGGAAGUUGAUUAAAAAAGUCUUUAAUCCAGGGCAACAGGUGCUAUCGUUCAAUUCACGAUUGAAGCGUUUUCCUGGAAAGUUGAAGUCAAAAUGGUCAGGACCAUUCAUAGUGAAAAUUGUGCGUCCACAUGGAGCAAUUGAAUUGGUUGAUCCAGCUACUAGUGAUCCACAAAGAAGCUGGGUAGUGAAUGGUCAACGUCUCAAGCAUUAUCUGGGAGGAGAAGUGGAGCGUUUGUUCACAGUGAUGAAGUUGGUUGAUCCUUGA